GAAACAGGAAAUGCAGGCUCCCCUUAAACCGGCUCUAAUAUGGUGACCAGGAUGUGUGGAUUUAGUUGUAUAGACUAGUAACAAAACAAAAUCUGGAAGUAAACAGUUGAAGAAAUGAAUGCUGUCCUGACUUGAAGACUUCUCCUGCUCCAAAUGUCCAAUGUACUACACAGCUCAAAUUUACGUCCCCAAACACAGCAGGACAUCCUGUCGAGUGUACUGUUAAGCCAUUGAAAGAGGACAAAUAUAAGAAUAUGGCAUCCGGAAAAAGUUCCAGUACCCAGCAAACAUCAUCUGGUACCCUUCACGCUAGGAUAUCUCGCAGACGAACUCACAAAAGAAGGGAGAAGAGAACUCAUUGCUGCUCAGAGUGUGGAAAGAGUUUUACUCAACAGAGUCGUCUCACAAUACACCAGCGCAUCCACACAGGAGAGAAGCCGUAUCGCUGCUCAGAAUGUGAAAGGAGUUUUAAUCAUCAUAGUCAUCUUCGACGACACCAGCUCUUUCACACAGGAGAGAAGCCGUAUCUGUGCUCAGAGUGUGGGAAGAGUUUUAAUCGACAGAGUUCUCUCCAACGACACCACCUCAUUCACACAGGAGUUAAACCAUAUUACUGCUCAGAGUGCGGGAAAAGUUUUACUCAACAGAGUAAUCUCAAAACACACCAGUUCAUUCACACAGGAGAGAAGCCGUAUUACUGCUCAGAGUGUGGGACGAGUUUUGCUCUACAGAGUACUCUCCAGCAACACCAGCGCAUUCACACAGGAGAGAAGCCGUAUCACUGCUCAGAGUGCGGGAAGAGUUUUAACGUGCAGAGUCAUCUCCAACGACACCAGCACGUUCACACAGGCAUUAAACCAUAUUACUGCUCAGAGUGUGGAAGAAGUUUUACCCAACAGAGUUCUUUCCAAAAACAUCAGCGUAUUCACACAAGUUAACUGUGUAACUGCUGAGAUUGUGGGAAGGUUUAUAGGCAUUCAAAUCCUGUGAAGACACACAAGCACAAAAAUAGUGCUUGGUGGAAAUAAACAAUAAUGAAUGUAACCUUAACACCAUGGCAGGAGUCUGGAGGGAACACUGCAUCCAGCAUUUAAAAAAUCUAGAUAAUUGUAUUUAGAGAGAAAAUCCACCUCUUUUUGUUGUACACUGUUUUUGAAGAAUGAGCAUAAAAUAAAAUAUCAUUUCCUUCGCUGAACAACAGGUCAAGCCUUUAGCUUAUACAGUCUAUAUAAUCUUCUUCCCACUGAUUUUAGUGUCUAUCUAGACUACGAAUCAGUGAUUCUUACACAUUCUUAUUUUACAUUUUUCUUAUUCUUAUUUUUACACUGCUGCAGCAAUAGGUGUAGCACCCCCUUGAACCCCUUAUUGUUGAUCAUCUUAACUGGUUGAGAGAUUGUUCAGGGAGGUGCUAAGGGUGCUAAAUUAGUUAUGACUUCAUUGUUAUAUAGAUUUAAGAGAUAAGUACAAGAUAAAAGUUAUGCUCAAAUGUUAUUGACAUAAGAAGUGUCAUCCAAUGGUCUGAAGAACUGACAUAAAAGGGGUUCAUUUUGAGAAUGGGGUAAAAGCUUUGUUUUUGAUAUAGCUCAUAUAGAAAAGAAAGCCUUGCUUUAUCUGAAGUGCUAUUUGGGCUAGCUGAGAGAGAAAACACUGCGUUCUUCUGAAAAUGAAAAUCUGACACGAUUUGAAGACUCUAUUAAUCCUUUUUAGAGCAUUUAACCAAUUAUUUUCUUGAGUAAUUUAUUAUUUUUCUCCAGCAUAAGAAAAUGUGUCUAAAAUUUGUCUGAUUAAACCGAUGCGGCGAGAA